AUGGACCGUCCUCCAAAGCAUGAGAGGAGUCUCAGCCGUCUCGCUUCCCGCCGCAACUCGGAGAUGUCGAACGCCGCAUCCGAUCUUGGCCCCAGCUUCGGAGUUACAAGCGAAGGCUCUCAGAGCUCGAUCGACGACGAUGCUGAAGUCUUGAUCGGACGCCACACGGUCGAGAGCUUCUUCUCCGUCAUAUUCUUCUUUCUCAUCAGAAGAGCUGUCGCGCCCGUCUUGGUCGCCGAAUAUGUCAAUAUCGUUGUCAACGAUCUCAUGAUGUACUCGUUUCUGUUCUAUCCAACCCCAAUCUUUAUUGACGCUUACAGCCGGGCUCGUUCAUCUGCCCCAUCUGCGUUGCUAGACCCUUGGAUCCAGUUUCCGUACAACAUUGGCAGCAUUGCCGUCGAAUACCACUUCAUGUCGCUUGCUCGCUAUAUGCCGUUCUUUGUGGUGGCUUGUGCGCUGGUGCUUUCUUUCCUCGGCCUGGUUCUCUACGUGGCGUACGAUGUUCUGAAGGGAUCAGGUCGCACACGUACGUUAUGGCCUCUGGAUCUCUCUCGAAUCAUGGGCGUGCUCGUCGGAGAGUGCUUGUUUCUCCCAAUUCUGGAUAUCUUUUAUGCACCUUUGCUGCCUAGCGACGGUUCAGCGGUGCCAUCGGAUUCGCUUGUUGCUAUCGGCUUUACGCCAGUAAAGAUUGUCAUAAUCAUCGUCGCAUGCAUCCAUAUUUUGCUAGUCGUUGUAUCCUUCCUCAUCCUCAGACCAUUUCCUGUCCGCGAUCAUGGCGGCUCUCACUUGCUUGAUUUCGCGCCACUGAAACACGUUCGAUAUGGAUGCGGGGGCACCGCCAGGGCUACCAUACUACAAUCCCCUAUGGAAUCGCAUCGCUGCCUGAUGUACCUCGCUCAGUUUGUGGCAGCAGUGCUCCUGACCGAGGAGAGGAUCGUUCGGUAUCGUGUGAGCCCAGAGGACAACAUGAUAGUAUUCUCGGACGCAUAUCAUGUCGAGCACUCUGUUCGCCAUCAAGUGGUUCCUGAGAACCUCAUCAACGAUAGACUAUGUUCCUCGGCACUACAAACCAUCCAACGUAACUUUAGAAUCGGGAUCAGCGAGUUUCCGAAUGACCACCUCCUCAAGCUGUCCUAUGCCGACUAUCUCAUACACCUGUCACCCCAUACGGCCGAAGCGGCGAAGAUAAUAUACAACCUCGAAAGCAACUACCAGCAGCUCGAUAUCGACUCUAAAUUCCAUCUGUAUGCCCUCGGACAGGUGAGCAUGAUCGUCUCGGCAUGCAUCCAGGGCCGAUUGCUGGCGUAUCAAAACAAUGAAGUUUUCGGCCUGAUCGGAGACUCUGCGGAUGCGAUUCGCUUCCUGCAAUUCAAGAAAAUUCUUCAAUUUGCCGACGCCAACUACCACAGUGCUCUCAUUCAAACCGCCAAGCUGUGGCAGGCCAUCCAAGAGAAGUCUGCUACUCUCGAGAUGCUUGAGUACUACGCCGUGACCAUAUUCAAGUACCAGAACAUGGCCAAUAGCAACUACACAGCUUUGAUCCAGAAUAAGGCGGUAUCCGCGAUAAGGGUGCACAGCCAGUACCAUGGAGCCAACCGGAACGGCUAUCUAAUCAGCACACUGCCUAAUAUUACCAUGCAGAUCCUCGGAGAGUGCACCAAGGCCCAGCGGCUACUCCUCAUGGCUGACAUGCUCGAGGACAGCCCAGCCACUCACAUGGAUGAUCCAGAGUUUGUUUUUGCCGAGAGCAGUGAAGACGAGUCACGAGUGUACGAGUACGAAAGCCAAGCCCUGCUCCAGGUCAACAGCCGCCCACUCAAGACACUCACAAUCAGGAUGUCACUCUUGAGCAUCCUCGUGCUGGCCACAAUCAUCGCAAGCUUUUGGGUGGUGUAUGAUGUGAUCCAAUUCCAGAGACAAUCUACUUUGCUCUUUCAACGGAUCGACAGCGCCAUAUUAGGCGGUCUCCUGAUCGAGAGACGAGUCAAUGAUAUGCAGACCGCAUAUGGACAGAACAACUCGGCCGCAUAUCAGAAGGCCCAAACGGUUAUCGGACAGAUACUCGAAAACAUUACAUCAACUGACUUUGGCGCAAGCGACACGACAAUGACGAGCUUCAUUACGUACUAUCCCUCAAACUCCUCGCGCGUGAAAACUCAAGUUUCAGCACUCUCUGCGUUCAACCAAUACGUCGACUGCGCGACAAGUUUGUUGAAUAUGUCCAUGACGAGCUUCGCAACCAAUACAACCUCCGCCUCGUGCGUCACCAGCAACGUUUACUUUGCAACAUCACUCCUAUACAAUCAAUUCCUGCUUCAGUAUCGCCUCAAACGAUUCCGUCAAAAUCAGAGAUCGAUUCUGGGGGUUUUCUUGAAAAUAUCGGCGUCACAAGCUGGGGAAGUGCUAAAGGCAUAUUUCGAGAAUACGGUCGAUGAGGGGUUCAUGGAAAGGGCAGAAAAUAGCUGGUGGAGAGACAUAUCGUCGGACUCGAUAAGGAUUUCUGUGCUCGACGACCUCAGAUAUCACCUGCUGUUCCACGGAGUGUUUAUGACUGCAAUCAUUAUCUGGAGCACAACCUCCAGUGUACUGAGCUUGAAGCAAAUCAUGGUCAAUAUCAACGCCUACGGCAACUUCUCGAUGAUUGCCAGCCAGAGCCUGGAAGUCGAUUGGUUUCUUCGCCAGCUUCGGAGCCCGAUCCUCGACCCGCUAAUUUGGGAUAUCAGAGCCCAAGCUGUCAGCCAGUAUGCGAGUGAUUUAAGCUCACUGAAUCAGCUCUACGGUGUCGCCGUUUAUGGUGUCGGAGACAAUCAACUGCGUACACCGGCCUACGUCGCGUACCCAAGCGAUGUCUACGGAGUCCUGCUUGAUUCCCCGUGCUUCGCAAAAGAUCCAUCAUACUGCAACACCUCCGCAGCCUGGCUGAACGGUGCUAUGGGAUUCGGCGCCAACUCGAUCCAGCAUGGCUUGGCUCAUCUUCAAAGGAAGUACAUUGUGGCACAUCAAACCCUCGUGAAUGAAGUAGCACGGGGAAUGUCCCUGAGCUCGUCGCCCUUAUGGAUUUCCCAGUACGCAGUCGAUCCGUAUAUCACCGACGGCUGGUCGAUAUGCCAGUCGAGCCUUGCGAGCGAAACAGACACGCUGCUGACGUAUCUGUAUCGCCUGAAUCUGAUUGUGUUUGUUGUCGAGAUCAUCACUGUCCUAGUUUGCGAGCUCUAUCAAAUGCGCAUCAUUUUUAGACGCAUGGAGCUGGUCGACCGAGCCAUCAUCAAUCUGAUUGUUCGAGCUCCGCCCAAUAUCAAGCUGCUUCCAAACAUUGUCCAGAUCAUCGAAGAUGCGGUCGAAAAAUAUGCUGCUACUCAUGAUGGCUGGCAUCCUCAUAGCCAACCAGAGCCCGUUAUUCCUGUGGAUCAGUCAAGCCAUGUCGACACUCCUGACAGCGACCACAAGUCCAACGGGAGAAGCGAGUUUUCCUUCAAUCGGAGCAUCCAGACUUCCGAAGGCUACAAGAGCAGCUUCUCUUUCAACAAGCAAUCAUCGGGCAUGGUUGGGAUCCAUGGCCACAACGACAGCCGACACAGCGACAUUCCCAUUAGCUUCCACGACCACGAAGCAAUCCAGGAGAUGAGCCGCAACAGCUCCAGGUCGAAUUUUUGAGCCCGACCCGCACAGCCUAAUCAAGAUAUGCUAACACUGCAGUGACCACAAUAGCCGCAUCCCAAUCCAACAUUGCGGCAACCAGCAGAGUCCCUGGACAUCGAGAUCCAUGGGCAUUGGACAUAGCACAUUGGGAUAUAUGCACAUUGGGAUUUAUGGACAUCGUAAUCUAUGGAUAUUCUCGCCAAAAUGCACCUGCCCACGACAACGGGUGGCAAGAACGGUUAUGUGGUGGCCCAGCAAGAUGCCUGUCGAUGGACACUGUCCACUCAUCACAGCUCUCUUCGACCUCGAUAUCGCAGUGUCCUGUUCAGAAG